GAUUCAACGAUGAUUUUUAUCAACAACUGGCCAAGGAUAAUGCAAAUAAGAACCUUAUUUCCUCGCCCCUUUCCGCGGAAAUUGUCAUGAGCAUGGUCUACAUGGGAGCUGGCGGAAAGACGGCCCAGGAAAUGAGGAAUGUUUUGAAACUGUCCGCGGACAAAAACGAAGUUGCUCGUAAAUACAAGGAAUUUCUAACUAAUCUCGAAGGACGCGAAAAGGUGGCAUUACUUGAUCUGGCCAACCGCAUUUAUGUAAACGAUAAACACACUUUGGUUCCGGAGUUCAAUCAGGUGGUUAGAGAAUCUUUUAAGGCCGAAGCGGAGGCCAUCAGCUUAAAGGACACAACAAAAGCGGCUUCGAUCAUCAAUAAGUGGGUGAAAGAUCAGACACGCGACAGGAUCAAAAGCAUAGUUAAGAAAGAAGAUUUGAGCAAUGCUUUUAUAAUGGUUCUCUUGAAUGCGAUUUACUUCAAAGGCCAGUGGCAGUACAAGUUUGACCCUGUCCGUACAAGGAAGGCCGAUUUCCGAAUUACCGACCAAAAACGGGAACCUAUCCAGAUGAUGUCACAAUAUGUCACUUUGAAGGCGGGAUAUAUACCCCACUUAGAUGCCAGAGUAAUCGAGCUUCCUUACAGCAAUUCAAGCCUAUACAUGGUCAUCUUUUUGCCGGAAAAGGUCGAUGGUCUGCCAGAAUUGGAGAAGAAGAUCGCAGGUUUCUCCGGGAAUCUGCCAAGAGUGCAAGUAUAUUUGCACCUGCCCAAGUUUAAAAUCGAAUUUACUGCAGAACUAAAUAAGAUUCUAAGCACGAUGGGUCUUAAAGAUGCUUUUAGUGACAAUGCGGAUUUUAGAGGUCUAGUAAAAUCGUCAUCUGCCAAGAUCAGCAAAGUCAUACAAAAGGCCUUCAUCGAGGUUAACGAAGAGGGUGCCGAGGCAGCAGCUUUAUCAGAUUUAGACAUGAUGGUUCCGAUAUGCGUGGGCUGCGGUGGUCGGCACACUGCUCCCUUUCUUUUUUAUGCCGAUCAUCCAUUCGCUUACGUCAUUCGCGAUAAGAACACCGUUUACUUCCAGGGGCACUUCGUAAAGCCAGGACAAUAAUUGCGAAUUAAAAUUUUAUACAAUUUCAAUAAGUG